AUGCUCCUUCUCCUCAUGAUUGUGGCAGCUCUGAGCCACAUGACAGAGGCAGCUGUUACCUCAAAGCAGCACAACAUCACAGCCUGCCCCAUUACUGUCUAUGGAAUCCAACACACAACCGUUUAUGUGAGCGAGUACAACGGCUUCUUGUACUUCUGUUUUGAUGGGUUCAAAGCCUCUGCUCCGGGGGACUGUCUGCGGACUGAGAGCUCAGGGGUGGGAGCCGUGUCUCUGUCUCUGUCAGACCAAGUGGAAAGCAACUUUUCCUCACAGCUCGAUGGAAACUCCACCUGCUCCGUCCAGUUUAAUAUUGAGGACGAAAGCAACGGCACAAAGUUGUAUUUGGAGAUCAGCCCUGAGACGAGUGCAGUGGACUCCAUACAGCUCAGUUUAGGAGUGGGUGAAAUGCUUUUGAGUGGAUGUAGAAACCAGGGUGUGGUCCUGCGCAGAAACUCCAAGGCCUGUCUGUCAAAUGGUUCUGUGGGAAUCUGCAGUGAGUCUAGUGUUUUCAGCUCAGAGCCCUGCAGCACCUGUCACAAAGGAGAGUGUCUGCUUGAGCCUUGGUGCUCCGUCACUGGCUUCAGCAUAAGUGACAUCACGGGGGUCCUCACCUCGAUCCCCGACCGUUGUGGGUACUCUCUCUUGUCCCGGGACGGUCUGCGUCUGGGGGCUGUGUUCAGGGACCGUCGCAGGACGGAUGUGAGCCUGUUGGACCACAUCAGCCUCACUGUAGGGGCCACUCAUCUCUACAUGGGACCUGGAGGAUACAAAUUGAAUGGUUCUGCAGUGAACGUCAGCACACUCCAGAUGGUAGAAGGACUCUCCGUCUCCAGAACUUCCUCAGAAAUGUCACUCACAUACAGCCAAGAGUUUGACCUGCACUUCAAUGGACACUCAGCUCUCAUCUACUUCAGAGGUUUGGACGUUUCAGCUGCGACAGGUCUGUGCAUAGAUGCAUCAAUGGAGCUGAACUCUGCAAAGUUGUCAGAGCUCAGUCAAGAUGGAUGUGACACAGCCCACACAGAUGUUGAGGACCCCACCAUCGACUGUGCAACUGCAACCGAACACUGUAACCUCUUGAACGGCUCUGUUUUUGCCCCGUGCCAUGCCCACGUCGACCCCGACCCCUUCAUCAGCUCGUGCACUCAGACCCUGUGCAGUUACCCCUCAGAGGACGGCCUCCAAUGCAGCUUCCACCACACCUACCAGGCCCUCUGCUCACGCGCCAACGUCACCCUGUCCGACUGGGAAACUCAGAGCCACUGCACGGAUGCUCAUGGCCUCUGCCAGGGAACUUACUGCAGCGAACAUGAGUUUUGUGGGAUCCACUUGAACAAAGAGAUGUGCUUCUGUCGCGCCGUCUUCGCCCAAAAAUACAGAUCCAACAAGAUGUUUGGUGAGCCGACUGAGUGCAGGGACAACUCCGCCACUCUGUAUCUGGCCAAGUGUCUGCUGAACGAGAAGGGCAUCAAAGAGCAAGAUCUCCUGCUGAACGACGCCAACGAUCCGCAGUGCAGAGGCAUCAUGCAACCGGAAACACACAUGAUCAAGUUCAGCUUCGACAGUGUCCACCCCUGCGGCACCAAGUUCACGAGUGAGAACGACAUGGUGAUCAUGAGCAACACAAUCCAACUGAUGAACCAGACGGGGAUGGUGACGCGCCACGAUCAGUUCACCCUGGACUUCUCCUGCUUCUACAGCCAGCCCAAGAUCAGGACCGUGGCCCUGCGCAUCCGGGACAGUUCGGUGGUGCAGCAGCUGGUGUCUGGCAGCUGGUCCUAUAACUUGACCAUGAAGUCUUUCCUGGACUCGGCUCACACUCGGCCCGUUCUGCCGCAGACCGACCUGGGCCUGGACCAGACCGUGUGGGUCCAGCUCAGCGCCGCGGGCCUCAACCCCAGUCUGGUCUCCAUCGUCGUGGACUCCUGCUGGGCCACAUCUCACCCACAGUCCAACAGCACUCCCAAAUACGACCUGGUCCAACAAGGCUGCCCGAACACAAAGGAUCCGACGGUGAGGGUGGUGGGGAACGGCCGCGGCACCUCCAGCGUCUUCUUCUUCAACAUGUUCCAGUUCAAGGGCAGCAGCGACAUUUUCCUUCACUGCAAAGUCAUGCUGUGCACCCAUAAGAGCGCCACAUGUGCUCCGACUUGUGGAUCCAGACGCCGCAGGUCCAUUCGUGACGAUCCAAACCCGGGCCUCAUCACUCUGUCCUGGUCCACAUAA